CGCCGCCUGAAAAGCCUCGUCGCUCGUUGCGAACGUUACAGCCAGUCGACAGCCGCGUGAUAACGCCAGCAUGAAAAUUGAAUUGUGUGUGUGGCGAAGUGCGCGAUUUUGAAGAAGCAGCAACCUCCGAGCGAGCGGGCGUGCGCGAGAAGCGCUCGCGUUGGCAAACAGCUGGCUACAUAUUUUACUUUCGGCGAGGGCCACGCCGAUGCGCGCGUCGUUUACGCGUUCGCGUACGCUACUCGGCCGCUGCCUGGCGAGCUUCCUCUGGUAUCUCGGUUUUCGACGCCGACGCUCGCGUGCGUGCAGUGCCAAGUGACGCGAGUACAGCUGAGACGCGCGCAGACACGUGAAAUUUAAUCGUUCCGUAAUGCUGAACGUUCGAUGCUACAAUAAGGGAGUGUGCAUUAUUUACGCAACUUUGCCAAGUGAAUUGACGAUUCGAGAGGCGAGCGUUAAUAAUAAAACAAGUGCUGGAUGUUGUGCUAAGCAUUAAAAUACGAUAUGCACUCUCUAUCCAAGGAUGAGAAGUUUGGACGACAACGAAGUGAUACUUGGAGCUUUUAUUCGGUUUACUCUCGUCGAGUGUAUGGUUUUCAGAAGAUUACAGCAGGGUCGUGGGCAGAACAGACAUGGGAAGUGAGCAUUACUGCCUGAGGUGGAACAAUCAUCAGAGCAACUUGCUGGGUGUGUUCAGUCAGCUGCUGGAGUCGGAGUCGCUGGUGGACGUGACGCUGGCGUGCACGGAGGGCCCGUCCAUUCGCGCUCACAAGGUCGUGCUGUCGGCGUGCUCGUCUUACUUCCAGGCCCUCUUCCUCGACCACCCGAACCGCCACCCCAUCGUCAUCCUGAAGGACGUGCGCUUCACCGAGCUGCGCACCCUCGUCGACUUCAUGUACAAAGGCGAGGUCAACGUUGAAUAUUGCCAGCUGUCAGCCCUCCUCAAGACGGCCGAAAGUCUCAAGGUCAAGGGCCUCGCCGACAUGACCAACAUCAACGCCCAGGCACACGCCGUCGUUAACAACUCGACCGACGACGACUCGGCCAGCACGGCCGCUGCCCACCCGCCCGCCGCUUCAUCGCCCUCGCCCCAGCCGACCGCGGCGGCUCUUGCGACCUCCACUGCUGUUACCAGCACUGUUAACAGUAAUUCCAGCACCAACAAUCCCAGUUCCAACGCUGCGCCACAGACCCAUCCCACUGCUGCCACCAAUAGCAACGGCAACGCCAGCACCGGCGCGCCCAACACCAGUCACGUGACGACGACGACGGCGACGACGACAACGAGCACUACGAGCAACACCAACAGCAAUAGUAGCAACACCAACGCCACGUCGACGACGACAUCGCAGCACCAGCAGCAGGAACCGAUGCAGCAGGACCACGAAGUCGAACCGCAACAGCGUCCUCUGCACCUGCGCUCGAGUAGGGAGCGCGACAGUCGGAACCACGACCGGGACAAGGAGCGCGAGCACAGUCCCAGGGAUCAGCAGCAACUGCAGCAGCAGCAGCAGCAACAGCAGCAGCAACAGCAGCAGCUGCUGCUGCAGGACAACGCCGACAACUCCGCGGACGAGGUGGACGUGAGCGACUCGCCGGCGGCCUCGCCACCGACGACGAGGGAGGCCAGUCCAGGUCCGUUGGCGCUUGACCGGCCGAGAUCCAGGCGCGACUCCGACUCACCGGCCAGCUGCAACCCGGCUGGCGGUGGCGGUGACGACACGACUAGGGGCUCACUCAGCCCGCUCUCCGUGCACAGCGGACCUAGCGACAUGAGUCUCAGCAAUAACACCGGUGGUCGUGCUACACCUCACGCCCACGGGCCCAGCCUUCCUCAGAGCCGGCUUCCGUCCCCACACAGCACCGAGCCCCUCGCCGGACCCUCGGGCCUACCACCCGUUCAGCAAGUGCCACUCUCACUGAAAAAGGAAGUGGACUGGGAGAGAACGGAGGAGCGGAGCGCGAGCAGUGAAAUGUCCAGCGACUACAGGCUACCCCCCGACCCGAUAUUUGGUCCAACGAUCGCUCUGUCAACCAAUGUAUCGCUAGCCCUAGGCCUGGAGUCGUCCGGCUGGGCCGGCCUGGCGGCCGCGGCGGCGGCGGCCGGCGAGCUCGAGGGCGGGCCGUCCUCGCUGCUGUCCUCGGCGGGCUUCGCCGCCGGCCUCGCCGGUCUGGCCAGGCGCUGCGGCGUCUGCCUGGCGAGCUUCCCGUCCAGCUGGCUGCUCGAGCAGCACGCCAUCCUGCAGCACGACGGCCGGGCCUACGACGAGAAGCCGUUCACCUGCGAGCAGUGCGGCCAGCGCUACCGCUACCGCUCGGCCUACGUGAAGCAUCGCGAGCAGAACCAUCGCGCCCGGCUGCCCGCCGAGAAAACCUUCACGUGUGACGUAUGUGGAAUGCAAUUCAGAUACCUAAAGUCAUUUAAAAAGCACCGGCUGAACCACGCGCUGGAGCGACUGCGCGCCCCGUCGGCGAGCGGCGCCGGGGAUUCCGGGAGCCUGACCGCCGAGUGCAGCGACCAGGUGACGAGCACGGGCGAGCCGUCGCAGCAGGACGCGAGCAGCGCCGGCGACGCGAGCCCGAUGCAGCUGGACGCGGAGGAGCCCGAGCAGGCCAGCCCGGUGGACUGCAGCCUGCGCGAGGAGGCGGCCUGCUCGGAGACGGCGAGCCUCCAGGAGAACGCCAACGAGUCGGCGCCGGAGGCCGGCUCCGAGUCCCGUCCCGGCAGCCCCGACGAGGACGCCGGCGAGCGCGCCACCAUCAGCGUCGCGGCCGCCGUCGCCAGCACGAGUCUGAGCCUGCUGGCGGCCAGCCGGCAGUCGUCGCACCACCACCAGCACGAGUCGGCCAGCGAGCGCCGGGAGCGCCGCUUCGCCUGCCAGUUCUGCGGCAAGUGCGUGCGCUCCAAGGAGAACCUCAAGCUGCACGUGCGCAAGCACACCGGCGAGCGGCCCUUCGUCUGCCUGUUCUGCGGCCGGGCCUUCGGCGGCAAGAGCGACCUCACGCGCCACCUGCGCAUCCACACCGGCGAGCGGCCGUAUCACUGCGAGAUGUGCGGUAAGUGCUUCGCCCGCGCCGACUACCUCUCCAAGCACCUCACCACCCACAUACACCAGCGCUGAGGAAGGCCCGAUCGCUAGUUGCCCCAACGCCCCAGUCACCGUCGCUGAUGAGCUCGCUCCAGCCGGACUCGCGCCUGGACUUUCGGCUUUGCCGCUCGUUCUUUUCUUCUCCUUCUAGUUUCUUUGACUAAAGCGUCGUUGCGAAACAUUGCUUUACACAACGAAAGCCAAGCCAAACGAAUUUGGGGCAAUGAGCGAUAUUAAAUAUAAAGCUAAAUAAAUAUGGAUCGAAGCCACAGAGACGCAUAGUCGUACUCUCGACGCGCCUAUGCUCGAGGCUAUAGUGAGAAUAAGAAAAUAAUGUGAUAAGGGUAAUUAAGCCAAAGAGAGCGCGACUUUGCGCAGAUUAAAGAUUUUAGUCGUGUUUAAUGGACUUUGUUCCCGGUACGUCGUCCUCUAAUUUAAAAAUACACACGGCUCACUUGCGGAAUGAUCGGCUGAUAAACACUUCUCGCCAGUUCAGUUUAUAUACUGUGAUUAUAUUUUUUAAGCAUCCUCUUUCCGAAAAGCCCAUAGAUUGGUUUAUUUUAGUCAUCAGCGGAGUUUUCCCAUUGCAGAUCGAAAUCAUUUUUUCACGAGGUUUUACCGAUUCACAUUGUGAUUGAUACUGAUAUAUAAGUACGUAUAUAAGUUUUAUGUGAUACUGCAUGUGCCAACAUUUUUGAGGAAAAAAAAAAACAGUGAACCAAGUGCAAUUGAUUUAGGGCGUCACUAAUGUAAUAACAAAUAAAAAAAGGUAAACAUAAACAGGUACGAAUAUAGCCGUAAACGUUAGUAAUCCUGAUCGCGGGGCAAAGAUUAUAAUAGAAGCGCAAUAAAGCUGGAAAAACUGCGAGAAGUCGCCGCUCAUUCCGAAAGUCAGCAUAGACAGCAAGCCACCGAGUAAUCCGACUUGGCCGCCCGUGCGCGCGUGAAAGACGUCACUCGAGAGAACACAAGUAUAAGGCCUAUGUACAACCAAAGACAGGCGCGCGCGCGCACGCACACUGUGUAAUAGUGUCGUACAACGCACACGCGAAAUCACGGCUAGGCGUCUUUAUACCCUUUCGAGUAGGAUGAAAGUUUGCAACAAGUGAGGCGCGGAAUGUCGAGCGACGUAACUUGCAGCUUGAGAAAGUAAAGCCGCCCGCGGAGAGCGGCCAACUUUGCGCUUGAAACUUAGCUCGAGCGUGCCGAGCUUGCGCUAAUCCUGAGCAAAACCUCGGCCCGGGAGAUCGUCAAAGGGAGAAGCCCAAAUCCGGCUGCUACACCCUCUCUCAGUCGAUAUUUAUUUGCCCGCUCUUUCAAAGUACUUCCCUUCCGAUUCCCUUUCUUUGGCACGCUCGACUUCCAAGCGACCACACAAGGACGCGCGUAUCUGGUGCUCGAGAAGCCGCCCGAACUCUCAUUUCAAAGUCGAGAUUUGGACUUCGAACUUUGCCUGCAAGAUGCGUCGCGGCUACGUGUGUGCAUGCUCGAUUUCGCGCCGAGCCGUAUCGACUGAGAUAUAUGCGAAAUCGCACAACCAGCAAUAAACAGACCUCGUAUUAGCAGAUUCUAUCGUUAACUCCGUAGCGCGGUUUUAGUGAUGCUUUCAUCUGGAAAAUAGUGACUGCUAGAUUGUCGACAGUUUUUUAACGUGACAUCGAAUGUAUGCAGAGGAGUGGAUUAAACAAAGGUAAUUAGUCGAGCAACCAAAGUUUUCAAAGUUCUUCUCCGAGUCGAAGGGACACUAUUGUUUUUCAAUGUAAUGCCAAGCUGCCGAACGUACUUGGAUAAUUAUUUGAUGCGAAGAGCUAUGUAGUUCUGUGAUCGCAAUAACAAAUUCAUAUGAAAGCCACUUUCGCGAGUCAGAAAUGUUUUUCAAAUUAGUGGAAUUCGAUUAAUUAUACCGUAUGCGUCCGAUUGAUCCCUCCAUAAUCGAAAAUGACACAAGGCCAGAUAGUUAGUAAUUUCGUUUCUCAUUUAGGCGAUAAUAUUAAUAGUCAAACUACAGUCCAAAGAUUCUUUACGAACGAUUAAACCAAACGAAAUAAUUACGGAAAACGAAUGCUGCAACGAACUAAACCCAAGGAUUACAAUGGAUUUUGGUACUCCUUAAAUACAUAGCACCCUUCUUCGUUAUCGCUAUGUGGUAGUUGAUACAUGUAUUAUUGAAUUGAAAACCGAUUCCGUGACGAGCGAUAAAGAGAAUAGAUCUUCUGGUGGAUUCGAGUAAAUAAUUUGCAUCGAAACUUUCUGUAGUCCAAUUUCGUAUACACUCGAGACACUGAAAUUAAAUAUUAAUUAAACAUUUUUGUAUUAGCUGUCUUUGUAAUAAUAAGCGAAAAAAAGCAAUAUACUCUUAUCGAUCUUUUGAAAACUCAAAAACGUAUUCAUUUCACUCUAUUAAUGAAACCACAAAACAUUAUCAGGUUAAAAAAUUAUUUUGAUCCUGCGGAGUUUAAGCGUUCUUUAGCAUUGUUAAAGAAUACGAAAAAGCAUGUAUUGAGAUUUUAUUUACGACGAUAAGAAAUGAUAAAUUAUUUUAUUGUUAAAAAUUAGUUUUUCGAUGCCUAAUAAAAAAAUAAGUCGCGCGUCGCGGAACAUCAGGGCAUUUAAAUCACAUUUUAAUAAUUAGUCAUUUAUAUUAUAUGCAACACCAAAUAACUUAAUGUGGGAAAUACGGAAUAAAUUAUAUAUUAUUAUGGACACGAUGAAAAGUCUAAUAUUAUAUGACGAUGAUAUAAUAUUAUACAUAAAGAUAUAUUUAAUGAAUGUUCCUAUAUUUGUACUAAAUGUAAGAACGUAUGCAUAAUAAGUGUAUUAUAUUAAUAUUCGAUGGUGAUUUAAAAUUUUUACAAAAUUAUUAGUACUGUUUAGAAUGUAGUUUCCAAAGGAACUUUAGUGUACAGUAGUUAGAAAAAAUGGUUCAUCAACAAGAAAAAGGUUUUCGCGGUCUCAGAAAACAUUACAUUUUAAUAAUGUUGCAGUUGAUAUCAAUUGCUUUUACCUAAUAUUGAACUUUAAUGCUUAAUAUCGUGGGCAAAUUUGAAGCAGAUAUACAACGCCAAUACAUGUGAUUCAGAUAAAAAAAAUUGUUAGGAAACUUUUUUUGCAGUACUAUUAAAUAAAACAAUUAUAAUAAUUGAACGGGCUGUCAAUUACGUCUUUAUCUAUCGCCAUAAUUAUUACUAAAAUACUUAAUAUCUGCUCAAGUAUAACAAUUGCAAUAUUAUAAAAUUACUCAAACCAAAACUUUAUUAAACUUAUUUUAAAGCCGCACUUUUUAUUCAAAUUCAGAAUCAGCCAAACCGAAGGCAGAGAUGCUUACUUAAGGACAUAAUACCCGAAAAAUUGUGCUUUUAGCUGCUUUAAAAUUGAAUUCAACGAAUUUUAUAAAAUAUUGCAUUUUCAACAUUAUAGAUAAAAAUAACUUUCUGCAAUUUUAAGCUUAAUGCGGCAUGAUAUUAUUUGUUAUAUAAGUAUCUCUGCUUUUUAACUUGUACAAAACCGAUUAAAUAUGGAAAAGCGGGUAAUAAUAAAUUAAGUUUUAAAUGCGUAAACAUGAAACAGCAAAUUCCGGAGUGAGUUGGUCGUGUGUAAGCAUGAUAGCGUCGCGAGGGUCUUCCUAUAUUGACUGAACGAUCAGAUGUGAUAUACGCGUAAGAAGAAAAAUGUCGAUAAUUAUUAGUUAUGUCAGUUACAUAAUAAUGUGCUGCCUGAUCGUACUUUAGCAAAUUAUUAACUGUGAAAACAGUUUUAAUUUAACCCAGCCGCGAGUACGUGCAACAAAAAUUUUAAAUUAAUCAUUCGGUUAAAAAUUUUAAGCGUUCUCAAUAUUUAGAUUAGAUUAAUGUACAUGCGAAAAAAAUUAAAACAUAGUAUUUGAAAUGAUAUCAACAUAUAAAUAAAACAUUUUUUUUCUUUGAUCAAUCAUCCAAUGUCAAAUGGUACAGCUGCGUAAAAAUAAUUUGAGAAAAUUGUUUGUUUAAAUAUAUACAAUCUUUUGAGAUGAUGAAGCUUUACAAAUGUUAUGAAAUUCGUUGUUAAUAAAGUAUCAAUUGAUUAUUUUUAAAUACUUUAGCCGCUCUAGAAAUAAAUUACCAAAAUAUAAUAAUUUGAAAAUAAUUUAGUAUUUGAUUUUUUGCACAAACUUUGUUAACGUCAAUUAGAAAAUAUUUUUGCAAUAAAAACAAUAAAAAGCGUACACAAUUUUGAAAAUGUGCCCAAAUGUUCACUAUUUUAUAUAUGUAUAUGUGGUUUUUAAAAAGUUGAUAUGAUCAUGGGAGAUUGAUUUCCACUGCUCCGUCUCAUUGUAUGUGAUAUUCCAUAAAUUUUUAAUGCUUUACUUAAAAACUAUACAAUAUGCUCAAUCUUUAAAGAAAAUCGUAAUUUUAAAAUAAAUUAGAAUCCAUACAUUGCACUAUAGUUACGAAUAAAAAUUUAUCAAUUAAAAGUUAAAACAUAACAUAACACGCAGUUCAAUAAAAGUUAAUUGAAACUAUAAGAUCUGCUUUACUAAUAAGUUUCAACAAAAAAAUUAUGCCAGCGAGUACAAAUUUUCGAUGACCUUCUGGAACAAUAUCAGUUUUUAUCAUUAAUUUAUUUCUAAAAACUUAAAUAUCGCGUAAUUUAAAAAAAAUCAACAAACAUAUUGUUCUUCUGUGCAAUUAAUGCAAUGACACGUACAUUUCUUUUGAUCCUCGAUGUCCGUUAGUUUCAAAAAAUAAGAUUUUUCAAUAAAAUAAAAAAAAAUGUUUAUAGAAUAAAAUGAAUGAAUGUAUUUCAGACAGUGUAUAAAUAUUUUUAACUUCUUCCUCUCAAAUACUUUUGUCUUUUCUAAAUAAACUUCUCGGUGUUCUUUCGGUGUCUAAUCUAUCCUAGUAGAAUAGAUAUUAUAUAACUCCACGUCUCUUAUCCUAUGAAAAAAACUAUCGAGAGUAAGUAAGAAAAGUCUUUAACACUUCCCCAAUGUCUGUGUUACCAUGCAAAUUUUAAUGGGCGGAUUUUGCAGUGAAGUUGCAAAAUAUACUGGCGCUAUGAAUACCCCAUCUCAUAGAAAAGAAUUUACUUAAAAUUAAAUAACACUGUAUGAAUUCUGUUUAAUCUAAAAAAAAUAUUUUACAUGUUUUAAUCACAAUAUAAGAUUGAAAAUUUAAUUGCCAGCAAUUAUUAAUCUAGAACAGAAAUAUAACGUAAAUCGUAUUCGAAAAACAAGGUGCCAAGAAAUGAUUUUGACUUUCUCAACAGAAUAUGCCUUUCAUUGCAAAAAAUAUGAUAAUCUGUCCAUAACUAAGGAAGAAAAUCUUUUAGCUGUUUCAUUUCAUAAAUAGUUUUAAUAUACACAUAAUGAAAAUCAUAUAUACUACUUAUAUUUUUUAUCUAUUUUAACAUCAAUAUUUAAUCUUCAUUAUUGAAUAAAAAAUUUAAAUUAACCAACAUGAAUAAAAAAAUAUUGAUGCAAUCAGAUCUAUUUUCACGUUAAGAAGUUCAAUCAAUGACAAGAAUAGUAAAAACAACGGGAUAAAGUUAAAUAAAAGUUAACAAUCUAAAUUUCAUACGACCAAAACGUAUGCAAAAACCCAAAGUGCAAAUACUAUAUGAUAAUAUUUUUAGUGUGGUAUUUGUUACUACAGCAUAAAAUGGAAAUAAAAAAUUAUUCUUACAUACAGUGGAAAGGCAGAAAUAACUAGAUAAUGAUGUAUUUUUAUUUUGGUUACUAAAAAUAAAAUAAAUAUACGGGAUGCUUGAAAAUAUCGCCAAGCUGAUAACGACGAUCGAAAUUUUCAUUCGUGGCAAUAAUUGCAUAUAUUUAGCACUCAAACAAGUAAAAGAAAAAUUUUGCAACCGCUCUGCCAAACAGCAAUAUAACUAGGUGAACUGUACGAAAUAGUGCACGUUGAAAAUAUGCAAAAAAUACAACAUUGUUGGGUGACUGUAUUAUCGUCGUUUAUCGUACCUAUAACUAAAUAUAUUACAUGUGCAUACAUAUAGUAAAUAUGUUACGGGGUGCAGAUUGCAGCGCGCGGGGAUCGCGAAUGAGAUAAAAGCGACUGGCUCUCGAAUGCGUCGUGCACGAAAAAGCCCGAGAGAGGAAGGGGGCUAUCGGCGUUUUACUUUUUCGCUCAGGUAUAGAUAUAAUGUUAUGGUCGCAAAUGACGUAUAAAGUUUUAUACUGUCUGAUCGACGCGCGUUGCAGCGACUUCAACAUGGAUGUUAGAAAUAUUUUUCAACUUGUACUAAAUGUGAUAAUUGAUGAAUUGACAAUGAGCAAUCCAACUGUAAUAUAUAAAUAUUAUAUUAUCUAUAUAAGUAUAUAUAUAUACACAUAAAAAUAUUAUAUAUAUAUAUAUACACAUAUAUGAAUGUCGAUGUCUAUCGUACAAAUUGUAAACAUACAUUAUUAUAUACCUAUAAGUUUAAUUCUAUAGCUAUAUGUCUCGGUGGAAUUUUGAAAAAAGUCCUUACAGAAUAAAUACCGUAAAAAGCGCAUAUAGAUUUGUACGCUGGAUAUAUGAAGCUGUGCAUCAGAUAAAAGCUGUGAAGGCUUGGCCAAGAAUUUGUCUGAGCAGCGAACCCUAAUAUAUAGGUAUGUAGUUAUACCAGCGAUGACAAGUAAAUUGAUAAUUUACAAUUCGCCCAUUUGCGCGACAGUGCGAUAUGUUAACGUAUGCCUAAUCUGUCCCACAAUAAGCCUCUACCAGAUGCUGUGACUUUUUAUCUUAUUUCCAUCUCGAUAUCUACGUUUCUAUCGUUCAACUUCUAUUGCAAACCUAAAAAUUAUUCGUAUUCGUGAAAAUUAUUAUUAAACACAAUUCAGAUUUUUACACGUGUUAAAAGAAUAACUAGCUAAUGGAAAUAACGAUAUUACAUAUAUCAAUACUAAUUAUAUAAUGAAUGUUGAAAAUCCACUCUAUACUCAGUGCAUGAAUAUGAAUAUGAAUUAUUAAGUAUAUCAUAAUUAAAAUGAAGACAGAUACGUAAUGAGAAAACAAUAAUUUUUAGGUCUAACGAGGGCAAUUUCAAGUCUUGAGAAUCCAUUCCAUUCUAAUAAAUGAUGCGGGCAUCUCCUUAACCAACUCGAAAUAAUUUUUUAGAUAGUUACGUAACAAUCUGUUUGUGGCACUAGAGCUAGGAGUUGACAAAUACAAAAUGUCACAGCAUCCGGUCUUGAGCCGAUGACCUAAAGAUUUUAAUUAGUACUAAUACAAUAGACUUAUGAAGCUAUUGUAUCAAAGGUACUCGAUACAAAUAUAAAUAUAUAAAUAUACGUAAAUAUUGUAUAAUCAAUUGUUGUCUACAAUAUGACGUUAUUUUUCUAAUUCAUAUUCAACUGUUAUGAUAUUGUUGAAGGACGAGUACAUCGAAUUUUAGAGAAACGAUAACAAGUUUCCUUACCAUUCGCCUCUAAAUACAGAAAUAAUUGAUGUAAAGACGAACGGCGAUUGGUCUUAGAAUGCGCAACGACAUAAUAUACUUUAAUCUAUCAGAGUGUGCAAAAGUCAAGUUUAAAAACAAUUGCACUAAAAACGUUAAACGUAUAGAGAGGAGAAAAAACGUGGCCGAAGAAAGUAUAAUAUUAAAUAAAAUAGAGAGUAACGUAAAUGAAGUUUUUAUUCUAAGUUUCGAUUGAACAAUUCAACGAAAAAAUAUUACUAGUAUAAGAAAUGCUAACAAUAAUAAUAAGAAACGAAGAGCAGAACGCGUAAUUAGAUAUUAUGAAAGACGCAUAAGUAAUAAAAGAGUGUACAGAAGUUAACUGUGAAAAAAAAAAUUCGAUGGUGCCAAUAAUUUUUAAUAUAAUGUAGUAUGAUUGACAUUGACAAGUUCGAAACAAAUAUACUCCUCAUUAGACGAGUUACUAGAGUGUUACGCAAGAUAACGUUCGGCAAGUCGAAAGACACUCACAAGAAUCUCGUGUAUUAUACAUAGCGCAUCAAUGGUGCAUUGCGUAAAUAACAAAAAAAGUUUAAUGUAAAUCCGUUGAAUUUAGUCAAUUCACAGUUCUGGCAUUCGUCGGUCAAUUCAUAAAAUUUCUCAUGGCAAUCCAAUAUGAAUGCGAUAGUAUUAAUCUAAUGGAAAAACAACGAACGAAUAACCAUGGGAACCUUGUGUGCGUCAUAAUUAUUAAUUAGCUAAAAAUGUCAGCUUUGGCUAAAAGGUUUUCUACUCAGCAGUUUAUCUAAAUUAUUGUUGUAGAAUCAAACUUAGGUUUGAUUAUGUUUUUAUAUCGAGAUUGCUUGAACUAUUAGGUAAUUAAUAAUGUGUUUUUUGUAAUAACAUUUUGUAUGGUUUGUAUUGCGACUAACAUCGAGUUUCAAGUGUUUAUUUAAUUGUAUUAUUUAUAUAUAUAGCACAUACGUGAAACGUACGUUUUAUGCAAGCAGAAAAGAUUUACGUACUAAAAUUACUAAUUACCAAUUAAAUUGUUUUGUAAUGUAGUACAUUUCUAUUAAAAAAUUAGAAACUUUAAGUGUCGGAGUUAAAUAACGGAGAAAUAGUAAUUCGGAUAAAUAAAAUUAUAUUACUUAUUUAUUAAUUUGAAGUAGAUAACAGAUUUAACAGAUUAUUUUGCAUAAAGCCCGAGUUAAUCUUAUUGAGAUAUGUCGUAGGAAAAUUUCAAUAAAGUAAAGUAAGAUAUGUGGUUAAAUAGUGAAAGAAACAUGCGGUGGCCUGGGGCGAUUGAUUUUUUAAUGCUCGCUAACGUUGCGAUGCUGUCGCGAGGAAGUACCGUAUUUUUUGUAAGACGCGAAAAUGCGUCAGAUUGCAGAUUGUGAUAAACUGCAAUCUCGUGAAGAAAUAUGACAAAGCGCUCAUGUAAAAAAAAAACAUAUAUUUGUAUAUUUCGUUUUUGUAUGAACUUUAUUGUACAAAAUUGUAUUUCUUAAGAAUUGUGCGGGUGAUGAAUCAACCACCUUUUCUCAUAACGCCGUCGCUAUAGUUGUUGCUAAUGUUGUCAAUUUAUUUUUCGUUUGUUCUUAUUUUCUUUUUUAUAACAUUUUGUUUUUAUGUUAUUGUAUGCAUGUACGAUCGUAUGUUAUACAUUUGAAUCAGAGCAAUAAUGAGUGCGUUAUAAGUAGAACUGGGCUAUACAGAACAUGAAUAGAAUUCUUCCGAUCGAGUUCAGUCGUAUGCAAAAAAUGUAAAGUUACUAAAGUCAAAAAAGACGAAUCAAAGUUUUUUACACAACGUUAUUACAUUCACUUCAAUUGAAUUGAAAUAUACAUAUUUUGAUGGACUUAUAAAAAUUUUUUCCAGAGAAAGUCCAAAUGUUAUUACCGAAUUAUUUAUUUUCUUUAAUGCUUUCUUUUUCAAUUACAAUUCUCUAUACAACCAGCAAGAAAAGUAUUGGAGUAAUUUUUUGAUCAUUUUUGAUGGCAUGGAAGCCGAUUUCAUCGAAAUUUUAUAUAUUAUUUGAAAAUAAUUAAAAAAAGAAUGAAAUGUAUGUUAAAAACCAUUGAAAACUUUUUGAAAUGACUUGUAUAAACUGUUUAUACAAUGUCUUCGUUGACUAUAUUGAAAAGUCAAAGUCAGCUAAAUACACGUGAAAUUUUAUAAGAUUUUUACAGAGCCACAGAGAAUUCCCUUCUAUCGUGAAAUCAUGAUUAGAAUGUUUUAGACUUGAGAUGUUAUUUCUCGCGCUCCCUCUAAUCAAGAAUUAAAAAUUAACAAUUAGAUUGUCUCUAAAUUUCGGAAUGUUGACUUUCACUUUAUCUGUCUACGAUGACACGUAUAGCGCCACGAAGCCAAUGCCUACAAUGAGCAUCUAUAAAAAUAAAAAAAUACAGUUAACAGUAAAGUUUAAUGAUGCGUAUUGUAUCGGCGACUGUUAUUACUUGUCUCAUACCGUUAAACGUAUAUCAGUGUCGUGGAUUAAAAAAAUUAAGGUAAUGAAACAAAAAAACUUAAUAACAUAAAAAGAGCAGCUGAGCUCCUCGGUGUUGUGAGUAUACAUACUCGUUCCUAGCAACUCGUAUGAUGAUUAUUACUCAUACUUCUCAUAACAUUACAUUGAUCUACUUUACUCUAUUUAGUCUUAAAAAAAAUAAAGAAUGCAUUCUGUCCAAUCUGUAAUUUACUAUUGUCUUAUUCAUUUAUACCCAACCAGUAACAAAUAUAACAUUAUAUAUUAAAAUUUUUUGGAA